UGUAAAUCUUAUCUGCAGAGGCACUGGCAGUGAAUGAGUGAACACCGUCAAUUGUUUCCGAGCGCGUGGCCAGUUAACAAAUAAAGUCGGAUUACAAUUGGAAUAGGUACCAACAACAAGACUUGUCUGCAUGCGGUUGACAGUCAUCUCAAUCCUGGCGAUCGAUCCACACGCCGAGGGUUUUGUUAUAAUCCUGGUGCGAUGUAUUUACAAAUAAUUCACGCCAAUACAAAUAACUGAUGUUGUGAUAGAACUAACUUGUAGCGCCGCGUUUUCCCGCCUAAAUGUACCUAUAGACAAAUAUUUUUUAUGUAAUCUGAUGUAUGUGUAAUUGUUUUACAAAUUCUGAAUAAGAAUGAUAAUUGUUUGAUAUGAAAAACGAUGAGAAUACCCCAAACGAUGAUGACAAUAAUAUUAGUAUGCAAAAUGGAUCAGAAUUCAGUGCUUAAAACUGAAUCCUUCUCUUUGACAAGGUCCUGGUUAAUAUCGUGAUAAAAAGACCAAACAUGGAAGCGUCCUCAUCAAAUCGUAAUACUUAUGAGAUGGAAAUUCGCAAAGAAGAUGAAGUGCAAAAAGAACCAAAACCGAAACCGUUAUUGGCGAGUGGCAAAAUAUUCUACAAACCAGGAGUGAUAGAAGAAGAAACGGACGAAACCAGCGUAUUUGACAGCUCCGUGGUGGAGUCGCCGAUGCUUGGAUUCAGUGCUAGUGGACUGCUGCGACACUCCAUACACCCGGUUAGCAGCUUGCAUAGAAUACCGACAUAUAGCAGUUCUAUUGGACAGAGCACGAUUUAUCGAGUGGAUAGCUGUAGAAACCGCUCGCAUAGACAUGGAGCUUCUAGAAGAACUAGACGGCGCGCUAUUCUCAAAAAUGGCGAGUGCAACAUUGUCAAGUCAAGAAUUCAGCAACGGAGGCUGCGCUUCUUGCAGGAUAUGUUUACGACGCUUGUAGAUGCACAAUGGAGGUGGACAUUGCUAGUAUUUACGCUCUCGUUCAUCCUUUCUUGGCUGGGAUUUGCACUCAUAUGGUGGUUAAUUGCGUUCACACAUGGCGAUCUUGAACCCGACCACUUACCACCGAUGCAGGAGUCCUCGAAUUGGAAACCUUGUGUGUUCAACAUUUACGACUUCACCUCAUGUUUCUUAUUCAGUAUAGAAACUCAACACACCAUUGGGUAUGGUUCGCGUACAACCACAGAAGAAUGUCCCGAAGCAAUUUUCAUAAUGUGCCUCCAAAGUAUAGUGGGAGUUAUGAUACAAGCUUUCAUGGUGGGUAUCGUAUUUGCGAAGAUGACUAGACCAAAACAUAGAACACAAACACUGCUAUUUUCUAAACACGCUGUUAUCUGCCAACGAGAUGGUGAGCUCAGCCUUAUGUUCCGCGUCGGCGACUUAAGGAAGUCUCAUAUAAUAGGAGCUAGUGUAAGAGCGCAAUUGAUCCGAUCUAGAACAACCAAAGAAGGAGAAGUGCUCUCCCAUUACCAAACCGAACUAGAAUUAAACGCAGAUGGAUGUGAUAGCAAUCUAUUUUUCAUUUGGCCUAUUACAAUGGUACAUAAAAUAAACGCUAGCAGUCCUUUCUAUGGUGUAUCCGCCGCUGAUGUUCUUCAAGAAAGAUUUGAAAUAGUUGUAGUUUUGGAGGGUACCAUCGAAUCAACAGGGCAGACAACACAAGCACGUUCUAGUUAUACAACAAGUGAAAUAAUGUGGGGUCAUAGAUUUGUGCCAUUAGUGACAUAUAAUCGUGAACGUCAAGGAUAUGAAGUAGAUUAUUCUAAAUUCGACGAAACUACACAAGUUGACACACCGUUGUGUUCCGCAAAGGAACUCGAUGAGUUUUAUGGAAGCCAAGCUGACCAUAGAUCAAUCGAGAGUGCAGAACCCAUGGUCCUAAAGCUGCCCGAACGACCAAAGGAACCCAAAACGCCCGAACCGAAAGCAGUUCAGAAGAAUGGAGAUUUUACUGUUACUCUAUGAGAUAUAAAAAUACCUAAUGUUAAGAUAAUAAAAUAUAUUUUUGUAAGUGUCUUUAGAAUUUAUAGAAAUGUUGAGACCAAGUCAAAAAAGAUCCCUAUUUUAUACACAAAAUGUAAUUUUUUCUCCGUGGAAUCUCAGAAAUAUUUUACAAAAAUUGUCAGCAUUAUCUCCACUUAAAUAAAAAUAAUAUUAAAUAUUCCACUAGUCAUAUUAUACAUUAUUUUUAAUUAUACAUUGUUCAACAAGUACCAUAGCUGCUAAAGUCGAUAGUCUGUAGUUUACCUAACAGCAAUAUGUGAUUCUUUACUCGAAAACAUUCCACUAUGUUAUACGACCAAUUGUUUUAUCAAGGUUUAAUAGGUUUAAGUAUAAAUUGUAUUGUUAAGUAAUGAUGGAUGUCAUGAAAUGAGAUCCAGCAAACUCCAGUAUUUAGAUAUUUAUUAUUUACGAUGUUUACAAUUUGUCACAAAUCAAGA